AUGACUGAACCUUUGGCAAAUUUUCAUCCCAAUAUCUGGGGAAAUCAAUUCCUCGUCGACUCCCCUGAUUCCGACAAGGCAACAUGGGCUUCUAAGAAAUGGCAGCUUGAGCAGCUGAAGGAAGAUGUCAGAACAGAAAUUUGUGCAACUGCCAGUAAUCCUUCACAACAGCUGCAAUUGAUUGAUGCGAUUCAACGACUAGGUGUAGAAUAUCAUUUUCAAGAGGAGAUCAAUCAUGCUUUACGCAAAAUGCAUGAGAAACAUCAGAACUGGGAGAACAUUGACCACAUUUAUACUGCUGCUCUCUAUUUUCGUAUUCUACGACAAGAAGGAUUCAGAGUUUCAUCAGACAUAUUCAAGAAAUUCGUGGAUGAUGAAGGUAAAUUUGGAGAAGGUUUGGUUAAUGAUGUGCCGGGCAUUCUUGCACUUUAUGAAGCAACUCAUCUCAGAUUGCACGGCGACGACAUAUUAGAUCAUGCUUUGGCUUUUAGUAGUAAUCAUCUUCAGUCAAUAUCAAACAAGUUAAACAGUCCACUUGACGAGCUAGUAAGUCACGCACUAAUGCAACCUAAUUGGAGGGGUUUACCAAGAUUGGAGGCCAGAAAUUACAUAUCCAUGUAUGGAAAAGAUCAUUCACCUAAUAUAACUUUACUAAAGUUGGCUAAGUUGGAUUUCAACAUGCUACAAUCUCUGCACAAGGAGGAGCUACAUGAAUUAUCCUUGUGGUGGAAAGAAGUGGACUUUGCAAGAAAGCUUCCAUUUGCUAGAGAUCGAAUUGUUGAGGGCUAUUUCUGGAUCGUGGGGGUGUAUUUUGAGCCUCAAUAUGGUCUUGCUAGAAAGAUUCUAUCAAAAGUAAUAGCAAUGGCAACCGUAAUUGAUGAUGUCUAUGAUGCUUACGGGACUUACAAAGAACUUGAAAUCUUCACAGAAGCAAUCGAAAGAUGGGAUGUUGGCUGCAUAAAACAACUCCCAGAUUACAUGAAGAUUUGUUACCAAACACUCUUAGAUGUGUUUGCAGAAAUUGAGCAAGAGAUGGCCAAAAAAGGAAGAUCAUAUCAAUCAUAUUAUACGAAGGAAGCAAUGAAGAUGCUGGUUCGUGCCUACUUUGUUGAGGCUAAGUGGCUGCACCAAGGUUACAUACCGACACUAGAGGAGUAUAUGAAAAAUGGAGUACCAAGCUCAGGAUACCCUACACUUACAAUAAUAUCUUUCCUAGGCAUGGGGGAUAUUGUCAAGAAGGAGGCUUUUGAUUGGGCACUCAAUGUUCCUAAGUUCGUGAGAGCUGCAUCAAUUAUUGCCAGACUAAGGGAUGACAUUGUUGGGUACAAGUUUGAACAGAAAAGGGAACACAUUGCUUCAGCGGUGGAAUGCUAUAUGACACAGCAAGGCAUAACGGAGCAACAAACAUGCAAUGAACUUUAUGAACAAAUUGAGAAUGCAUGGAAGAUCUUGAACCAACAACUGCUUAAAACUAGUAGUUCUACAGCAGCCGAAUUUGUACCUAGCAAACCUAUUCUCUUUCGAGUUAUCAACUUGGCACGUGUGAUUAAUGUUUUCUAUAAGCAUAAAGACGAAUACACACACGUGGGAGAAACCAUGUGUGGUUACAUUAAUUCUCUGUUCAUUGAGCCCAUUCCCUUACAAUAAGUAGUAUACUAGGUGGUAUCACCGCGCUGUGCACCGUGGUAUAUAUGUCCAGUUAAUGUUUAGUUAGUAAUGUUGGCGAGAAUGAAAAUUAGUGCUAUAAAGUGGAACUAUAUUAUACAAGAAUAUUAGCUAAAAUUAGUAGUACUGGAAAGAGGUUGUAAUUAUACAGACGUUGUAAAUAUGAAAAUCAAACAAGUUUAGUUUUCAUCUUGAAUGUUUAGGUUGUGGAAGUUGAGUUGAUGAACGCCUAGAAGAUCAUCCAAAAAGUAUGAAGUGAUAAUGUUGAA